AUGGUUUCGAAAACCACGCGAGCUGCUACUGCAGCAGCGAGAAGAGCGGCUGCACGCAUGCGUGCAACCGGAGAGAGUACUUCUCACGCCUCAGCAGCAGGUGAUUCAUCGCCUGCUGUUGUGAACAGUCCACGUGGUGAGUCACCGCGUGCGACAGGUACAUCCGCUGCGUAUGCAGCGGAUACUGCGAAUCGUAAUCUAGAUGAGUCUGAAAUAGAACUCAUCUAUUCCGGCGAGUCGGAUGAUGUAUCCGACUCGAAGGCGACACCUCUCGCCUCGGGAUCACUCGGGUCGGACACUGCAAGAGCGAGGUUGUCUGGCUCUGGUCAACGUGGCGGCAUCAUGCUUGAGUUCUUCGGACCGACCGAUUGUUCCGACUAA